AUGGGCGGGACAUGUAGCACUUCUUGCUUGGGAGGUCUUGGACUUGGUCUCAAAGGUCGCCACCGCGCAAAGACCCCAGCGACGCCUAAGAAGGGCUUCAAGGUCUGUGUGUGCGGCGGUGCUGGAGGGAUUGGUCAGCCGCUAUGUCUUCUGAUGGCGAUGGAUCCGCGCGUUUGGGAGUUGUCUGUCUAUGACCUCACCAUCGCGAUGGUCCCCGCUGAAGGCAUUGGCGCGGAUUUGGGCCACAUCGAGAGGCCCUGCCAGGUGAAGGCAUAUUCUUUGGAUACAACGCAGAAGCCCUUGGACCACUUGAGCGAAUGCCUCAAAGGUUGCUCGCUUGUGCUGGUCCCGGUGGGCGUCCCCAGCAAGGGCCGUAGCAAGAGUGAAUUGCUGAAAAUCAACGCCAACAUCGCGAAGAGCAUCGUGGAGGCGUGCGGCGCCCAUUGCCCCGACGCCAUCGUUGGCUUGAUCGUCAACCCGUUAAACUCGGUGGUGCCGGCCAUGGCCAGGCUCUACGAGAAGGCCGGCUACGAUCCGCGGAAGAUCCUCGGCAUCACGAGCCUCGACACCAUCCGGGCCAACAAGUUCGUUCACGAGGCGAGCAAGGUGCCCAUUGAGGACAUCCAGGUGCCCGUGAUUGGUGGCUAUUCCGGAUCCAUGUCCGGCCCCUCGGUGGUGCCCCUCUUCUCGCAGGACCGCACCGCACGACGGCUGCCCGACGGGAGCCUGGCGGAUCUCAUGCGCCGCGUGCAGGGCGACAACAUCGUUCUCUUUGCCAACAUUUUCGUGGCUGCCCCUGCAUUUGUGGCCGCUUGUUGGCCUUUGUUGCGGCUUUGGCAACGAUAUCGGCAACAAGAAAAGCCUGAAGUCGACUGGGAAGAGGCCUAUUUGCAGGACAAAUCGGCAGACCUUUGGUUUGUGGGGGAAUGA